AUGCGGCGAUCGAAUCGCUGUAAAUCUGAAAAGUCGACAGUCGCCAGCGACAUCGUUGCUGUGUGGACGUGUACGCCGUGCGUGAGCGAUUUUAAAAUGGCGGACCUACGUAAAUAUUCUCGGGCUUUUGUAACUGAAUUUAUAGAAUUAUACCAGGAAUUACCUUCAUUAUGGAUGGUUAAGAGUAAAGAUUACUCAAACAGAGAUUUAAAGUCACAAAGCUAUGAGAUAUUAGUGGGAAAAUUUAAGGAGGUGGAGCCAAACGCUGAUCGAGAUUUUGUGAUAAAAAAAAUUAAAGAUAUGAGGGAUGUUUGGCGAAAACAACACGAAAAGAUUGAAAAAAGCUUGAAAUCCGGAAUGGCUGUGGAAGAUAUUCCUACUCCAUCAUUAUGGUAUUAUGAUUUACUCAACUUCUUGAAAGAUCAAGAGACGACUAGAAGUUCAAUAACUAACAUUAAAAUAGGAAACAAAGAUCGGGUAAAAUAA